AUGGCACAGAUGGCAAGAAGCAGUGGCAGAGAACCAGCAGUGGCAGAACCAGGAGACCAACGUGAGAUGACACUGGAGCCCACCCAUGGAGUGAGAGAGCUGAGGGCCUUGGGCAGUAGGCUUCUUGGCAGAGUGGGGUGCCUCCAGAUACUUAUCAGUGGAGCUACAGAACUUUGGAAAACUUUCCCCAGCAGGGCAGACGUGGGUUGUGAGGCCCUAGGGACUGAGAGGACAAGAAACCAGGAGGCAGAAGCUGAAAAGACAAGGAAUGCAGGAAAACAAGCUGCCUCAGUCUCAAAGGGUAUGGCCACAACCUCUGGGGUCUCAAAGGGUGGAGCCAUGGCCUCUGAUCGUUUCAUGCCUCCCAACAAUGUGACUGAAUUUAUUCUCCUGGGACUCACACAGAUUCCACACUUGCAGAAAAUACUUUUCAUUGUUUUUUUGUGCAUUUUCCUAUUUACUGUGCCAGCCAAUCUGCUUAUUAUCAUCACCAUCUCCUUCAGCCCCACACUUUCAGCUCCCAUGUACUUCUUUCUCACCUACUUGUCCUUUAUAGAUGCCUCUUACACCUCUGUCACCACCCCCAAAAUGAUCAUUGACCUGCUCUACCAGAGAAGAACCAUCUCAUUGGGCAGCUGCCUGACUCAGCUCUUUGUGGAACACUUCCUGGGAGGGUCAGAGACCAUCCUUCUCAUUGUCAUGGCCUAUGACCGCUAUGGAGCCAUCUGCAAGCCCCUGUACUACACUACCAUCAUGCAACAGGGACUCUGCCACCUCAUGGUGGUUGUGGCAUGGAUUGGCGGGAUGCUUCAUGCUACAGUGCAGAUUCUCUUGGUGAUCAACUUGCCCUUCUGCGGCCCCAAUACCAUUGACCAUUUCAAGUGUGACCUCUUCCCACUGCUGAAGCUUGCCUGCAGAGACACCUAUAUACUUGGAUUGGUGGUGGCUGCCAACAGUGGGGCCAUGUGCUUGCUCAUUUUUUCCAUGUUACUCAUCUCCUACAUAGUCAUCCUGUGCUCCCUGAAAUCCCAUGGCUCUGAAGGGCGGCACAAAGCCCUCUCCACCUGUGGCUCCCAUUUUACUGUAGUUGUACUUUUCUUUGUGCCCUGUAUAUUCACUUACAUGCGUCCCGUGGCCACCUAUCCAGUGGACAAGUUGGUGACUGUCUUUUUUGCAAUCCUCUCCCCCAUAAUAAACCCCAUCAUUUAUACAGUGAGAUACACAGAGGUAAAAAAUGCCAUGAGAAGUUUUUUGAAGACAGGGGUAACUUAG